AUGUUGUGUAAACCAGAGUUUAUCCAUCCGCUGGAAUUAGCUGAGCAAGUAACUCUAUACGAAUUCGAACUCUACCGUCGAAUCCAGUACUGGGAAGUGAGCGGACUUCAAACCGAUGAUUCACCAAAUAUUACAGCUAUCAAGAUAUUCUCCAAUCAGUUUCGCAACUGGCUCGUUCAUUCCAUCGUCUCACAACGCAAUUUCGAUGAUCGGGUCGCGGCUGUUCAGCGAGUUUUCGACUUGAUGUACAUCUUUGAUCACUUUUCUAACGAGCAGGGCCGUCUAGAAUCUCGCGGUGCUCUUAUCUCCUCCUCUGUCUUUCGUCUCAACAAAGCCCUCGAGGCCGUAAGUCGAGCUCGGCCUUAUCGCAAGUGGGUACAGAAACUCCGGCGUGAAUGUCGAAAUUCUGAUCGUCGAAGUAAGAAACCCGCUGGUCGAUCGAUCGACGACAGCUCCACUACUACAGCGUCACGUGAUACUCCCUCUCUCCCCUUCUUCCCAAUUGAUGUUUCCACGCGUCUUAUUCACAUGGAACUCCAAUCCCCCGAUUGGGUCACUCCAACCGGUUCUCCAGUUGAGGAUAAAAACUCGGUUCAGGAUAAGGGGCUCAUUAAUUUUGGGAAGUUGCGAGGACUGGCUGAAGUGGUGGAGAAUUUCCUAAAAUCUCAGAGUAUUCCUUAUCCUUUCACCGUUGACAAAAGCAUUCAACAGGCCUUGGUCACAACUGUGGAGGCGUUUCAAAUGGAUUCAAGUGAACUGGAUGCUGAAAUGUGCACACUCUCGGCUAUCUAUGAACCGAGAAGUGAUACCCCCUCGGAGUCACACCAACCUCCAUCUGAAGUGGAGCGUCGACUGAGCAAGGAGGCUAUUCAAGCAGCGAAUUAUCUGGCCACUCUUCCUUUGAAAGAUAAACUUCAACACGAAUCAGUUGCCACUUACAAGACCUACUUAAUUCCUCGCCAAUUGAGCAAGUCAGGUGCUAGGGUAUCAUCCCCGCGUCUCUCCAGUCCUCCUUCACUUCCACCCCCUUCACCUCCACCACCACCCAUACCCCCUCACCCCUCUUCCCAGUCGGGAGCAGCAGACAAGGAACGAGUCGUUACUUUGUGGACUACCCGCCUGAGACAACAUCGGGCUGGCCAGCAGAUGCAGCAACAAUUGAUGCAUGGUGGAGGCUUUGGGGGUGGAUACAGCCGACCUAUUGCUCCUGGGAGUAGGGUUCCUCCUUCACCACCCAGGCCUCUUUCUUCACCUACUGCGGUUGCUGUCUCCACUGUUGGAGUGAUUCACCAUCACAGCGUGUCCGAUAGUCAAAUGGAGAGCUUAACAAAUGGCCGGCUUCCACCAUGCACAAGUUCAGCUUCUGGAGAUGACUUACACAAUAUACCCCCAUCUGUACCCCAACACCACCACCGCAAUAAUAUUCCUUCUCCUCCAAUCUAUUCUCCUCCACCACCUCCACAUCAUAGACAAAGUAGCGGAGCGCCUUCUAACUCCUCUCCAGCCUCAGCUUCUCACAGUCCUUCUCCUCUUUUCCCUAUUCCCACAACGCUAGCUCAUGCCUCUGUGCUAGCUUCGGUUCCAAUUUCUGACUCCUAUACUGCUGUGGAUGGAGGUUUGCCACCACUUCCACCAAAACCAGGUCAGAGGACACCCUCUGGACCUCCUGUGAUAGCAGGACUCUCCCCCUCUGCUGUUGCAUCCUCUUCGGCACCAACAAGGCAGUUCUUUGAGUCAAUGGUAAAUCCGGAGAAUAUUACCUCGACUCCUCCGCUACCACCAAGAAGGCACGUUUCUUAA